CGCUGGUGAAGUGCGCAGGCGCGACCGCUCCAAUGGGCUGUGCUUUAGGAAUAAAGUUGUGUAGAAAGUUUUAGAGAGUUAAAUCGGGAUCGGGAUUCAAAGAAGGCGAAGGAUCGCUGCUGCGCAACAGACACAGAUGUCUUCUGAAACCCAGACCAAGCCAUCCAGAACACUGACAAAUUGUAGCUUCCAUCCAAGGGGGAGUCCAAAACCUUCAGCUGUCUGCAUCUUGAAGCAAGUCUUCAUCUGUCUUCCAGUGAAGCUCUUGAGACCCUUGGAAUGAAACGCGAUUCCUUGCAGUUUCUUCUCGGGAUCCUGAUUCGAGGAAGCAACAGGAUUCCUCAGCGUACCAAAGACCUUUGAUUUUCCUAUUACAAUUUAACACGGGAGGGGUGUACGAGAGCCCCGCUCCAUCACAUCUUGUGCAAGAAUCAAAUGUGGCAUGAUAGCAAUGAAUGGGCUAAAUUAGGCAGCCUUACCUGAGGCCCGUUUGACACCAGAAGACUGCAUACAAAAAGAGGAGGGAGAAAAAGACAUUUUUCUUAACGAUGGCAGGUUUUUCUUAAAACUAAUGCAAUCUGUGGAAAAAUAUAUCAGCUGGCUUAUUUUAAAAAUAGAAGGUAUAUUUUGAAAUGAUUGUCUACAUUCUCCUUGCUUGGGAGUCAUUCUGAUAAAGUGUGAAACUAAUUUUAAAAAGCACGAUACUUCUUAGUACAAAUUAUUGGAAGAGUUUAUCUCCUGCGGCUAAAUCUGGAGCAAACGUACGGAGGGGGAUGUUGGAUUUGAGUCCCAAUUGAUUCCAGGUUUGUGGUGGUGCUGAUGAGGUUGGCUUCGUACGUUGGGCAACCGAUUCGCUCAGCUGUGUUGUUUAAGGUCAGGAGAUAAAGAGGAAGGACAAUGAGUCUGGGCAAGUUGCCCGUCUUCAAGAACCUGGUGCCCGGCUCCCACAGCAAGCGGAGGCUUAAGCCAGAGCUGACCUCGGACAUGAUCAGCUCUCCGCUGGGAGACUUCCGCCACACCAUGCACGUGGGCCGUGGCGGCGACGUCUUUGGUGACACCUCCUUCCUCAGCGACCACGGCGGCGAGAAGGCACGCGAGGGCGCCAAGUCCAACCUGCUGGUCCGAGCCCUGAGGAACGUCAGGAAGUCCCCGAUGAGGAACAGCAGCCGGGAAGUGUCCCCACCCCCAGUGGUGUCUCCCAUCAUUAAGAAUGCGGUCUCCCUGCCCCAUCUGUUGGAGAUCAAGAAUGGGUCUGUGGAACGACUGAACUUCAAGACAGUGAUGUCAAGUCCGGAAGUGAUGGAUGGAUCGUACGGAUUGGAGUCGGGAUUCUGCACCCUUCCCAGAUGGUCCAGGCUGGAUAAGCCCAAGGAUACGUUGGCCAAGGUGGACUCGGCAAAGCCAUCGGAGGACCUGGAGCUGGUGGACUUGGAGUUGCCUCGCACGGACUCCUUGCUGUCCUUCAGCGUGGACCUGGGUCCCUCGCUGAUGAGCGAGGUGCUGGCUGUCAUGGAGCCUGAGAACCAGAUGGAAAAGGAGUCCCCACGCGCCCCGGAGAAUGGGGCACGGCUGGUGAAGUUUCACCUGGAUGGCCCUUCCGACCAGCGGAAUGGUGCUGCUCACCACAAUGGCCAUGAGGAGUCGCCGGGAGAGGUUGCUGGGCCAGGAGUUGGGAGGGCCUUCGGUGGAGACCCUCCGCUCGGUGGGUUUUGGAGACAGUACCAGCGGGCAACUGGGCAGGAGAGGCAGCUGAGCAAGGAGGAGGUCGGGACAGAGAGACCGUCCCUGUGGCACUGUAGGGGUCCGAGUGACGAGAGAACCGGGGAAUAUUGGGGCGUCCCCCGCUCGCCCAGCGAGACCGCCCGUGCUCAAGAUGGCAGCCCUUCGGUGGCCCAGUUUGUUUCCACCUCUCCCCAGGAGCUGCGUCCACGCUGGGGGAGUCUGCCCGAUGAUGAGGGAGAUGCCAGGAUGCGGGCGAGCUGGAGGCCCUUGAGGCCACGGGUCCCGGCAGACGGCGAAGAGGCUGAGCAGGGGUACAGCGAGCGCUGCUGGGAGAGCCGGCUGCCCGCCACCGAGAGCACAGGCUUCAACCCCCUGAAGGCCGAGGCCUUUGCCUUUGCAGACGAAGAUGAGGAAAUCCGUGUAUAAUCCAGGAGGACCGAGACUUCCAAUUAUCCGCUAAUCGAUAACCGGAUCUCAUCUUCAAGGAAAAUUCAAUUUAAAAAAAAAACACGCAGAUGCUGGAAAUCUGAAACUGGUGGGAGCACGCAGCAGGUCAGGCAGCAUCUGUGAAGAGAGAAACAAUUAACGUUUCGGGUCCGAGACCCUUCAUUAGAACUUUUUUUUUUCCCAAGGGUUAUCUUAAAGGAUCAAGGACUUUCUUUUUAAUUUGCUGCCUUUUACUGAUAAUACAGUGAAGCUACUUUAAGAUCAAUUCCCAAAGAGACGAGUUGUGACAGGAAUUCUCUCGGUGGUAAGUGUGUCACCCCACAGAAUGGGGUCCCAGUUCCUUGGUCUCUAUGGAGUUGGUUGACCGUGACUUUUGGGGGUUGGAGGGGUUUGCUGUUGUUCGAGGUCCGUCUCGACAUGUGGGGCUCAGGGAGAUGAACAGCCAGGUGUUACUCUUGGCAGCUCUGAUGUUGGAGGGAAGAUGGAGUGUCUGGUAUUGUUAGUAGGGGGAAGAGGGCAGAGUUAUUCUCUCUUGUGGUCACCUGAAGGCCUUCUGUGUCUGGAUGCUGUCUUCUGUGUCUAUUUUAUGAAAAUCAGUGUGGGGUUCUGGGGCUUUGGAGCGAGCUCCUCCAGUCUGGAGCCUGUUCACUGACCCUUGACAAAUAUUAAAAAAAAACGACAGACACUGGAAAUCUGAAAUUAAAAACAAAGUGCUGGAAAUACUCAGCAGGUCAGGCAGCAUCCACAGAGGGAGAAGGACAAUGAAGCAUCUUCAACCUGAAACAUUAGUUCUGUUUCUCUUUCUACGGAUGCUGCCCGACCUUCUGAGUGUUUCAGACUUUGUUCAGGUGCUGGUUGAAGCCUAAGGCCUGGCUCACUCUGCAGAAUCUGAGGUAGUCAGAAGGGCGGUUGGUGGAAAUGUUUUACGGAAAAAGCAAAGUAAAAUUUUAAAUUCAUGAAACUGACUCGUUGGCCUUGAGGAAUAUCCUUGUGCGCUGUAGACGUGGCAACUGAGAGGUUGGACCGGCCUGCAACUAUCAGACCACUCCAUCACUGCCCCCACAGCUGUUGCUACACUGAUGCAGAACAUACUCCCUCCCCUCACUUUGUGACUGGACUGGAUGUCCCCAGUUCCAGCCCUACCAACCUCCAGGAGAGAGACAGACAGUUUUGGGUGCUGUCAAUGGAGGCAGAAAGACCAGCAAGCCAGAGAGUUUGAGACCUGUCAGGGAUCAGUCUAGGCCAAAAAAAUGCUCCUGAUCAAUCCCCAUCUGCUGCCCUUCACGUGAAGAAAUGCUUCCUGAACUUGACGCUAAUUUUAAGGCUGAAAGGGAAACCGAUACCAAUGAGAGAGGACAAGGCCAAAGAUGUACACCCUGCUGGAGAGCUCCUUCGGAACUGGAGAAGUGGGAGUGAAUCAAAUUGUACAUUUUUUUUAAAAACUGUGAACGCUGGAAACCAGAAAAUGCUGGAAACACUCAGCAGGUCAGACA